ACAGAACAAAAUGAGCAAAGGUGCUAUCAUCGGCGCGUCGACCGUCCUCGUGGUGGCGGUCGUCGCGGCCGUCUGCGUCGUGUCGUUCAAGAACAACUCGGGCGGCAAGAGCGGCGGCGAGGAUGGCCAGCUGUCCAUGUCGGUGAAGUCGGUCAAGGCAUUCUGCCAGCCGACGGACUACCCGCAGACGUGCGAGGCGGAGCUGAGCAAGGCGGCCGGCAACGCCAGCUCGCCCACGGAGCUCGCCAAGGCCUUCUUCAGCGUGACCUCCGAGAAGAUCACCAAGGCCAUCAGCGAGUCCGCGACGCUGAACGAUCUGAAGAACGACAAGCGCACGUCGGGCGCGCUGCAGAACUGCAAGGAGCUGCUCGAGUACGCCGUCGACGACCUCAAGUCAUCGUUCGACAAGCUCGGCGGCUUCGAGAUGACCAACUUCAAGAAGGCCGUGGACGACCUCAAGACGUGGCUCAGCGCCGCGCUCACGUACCAGGACACGUGCCUCGACGGCUUCAUGAACACCACCACCACAGAGGCCUCGGCCAAGAUGCGCAGCGCGCUCAACGCCUCGCAGGAGCUCACGGAGGACAUCCUCGCCGUCGUCGACCAGUUCUCGGACACCCUGGGGGGCCUCAGCAUCGGCAGGCGCUUGCUCGGCGAGGACGGCAUGCCGACGUGGGUAUCGGAAGGGGGGAGACACCUUCUAGAGGCCGCCCCGGAGGCGCCGGAGUUCAAGCCCAACGUCACGGUGGCGGCGGACGGCAGCGGCGACUUCAAGACAAUCAACGAGGCGCUGGCCAAGGUGCCGCCCAAGAGCGCCGAGAGGUACGUCGUGUACGUGAAGGCGGGCACGUACAAGGAGUACGUGGCCGUGGGCCGCCCGCUCACCAACGUCGCCAUGAUCGGCGACGGCGCCGAGAAGACCAUCAUUACCGGCAACAAGAACUUCAAGAUGAACCUCACCACCAAGGACACGGCCACAAUGGAGGCCAUCGGGAACGGGUUCUUCAUGAAGGGCAUCAAGGUGGAGAACACGGCGGGCGCGGAGAACCACCAGGCGGUGGCGCUGCGCGUGCAGAGCGACCAGGCGGUGUUCUACCAGUGCACGUUCGACGGGUACCAGGACACGCUGUACACGCACGCACAGCGGCAGUUCUUCCGCGACUGCACCGUCACGGGCACCAUCGAUUUCAUCUUCGGCAACUCGCAGGUGGUGCUCCAGAACUGCCUGAUCCAGCCGCGCAAGCCCAUGGCGAACCAGGUGAACAUCAUCACGGCACAGGGCCGCCGGGAGAAGCGCUCCGUCGGCGGCACCGUGCUGCACAACUGCACCGUGGAGCCGCACCCGGACUUCAAGGCGGACGCCGGGAAGAUCGCCACGUACCUGGCGCGGCCGUGGAAGGAGUACUCGCGGACGCUCUACAUCCAGAACGAGAUUGGCGGAUUCAUCGACCCCAAGGGAUGGCUCGAGUGGGCCGGCACCUUCGGGCUGGAGACGCUCUUCUACGCCGAGGUGGACAACCGCGGGCCCGGCGCCGACAUGAGCAAGCGCGCCAAGUGGGGCGGCAUCAAGACUGUCACCUACGAGGAGGCGCAGAAGGAGUUCACCGUCGAGACCUUCAUCCAGGGCCAGCAGUUCAUCCCCAAGUUCGGCGUGCCAUUCAUCCCAGGGUUGCUGCCGCAGUCGCAGCAAGGCAGGACGCACUGAUUGAUCGAUGAUCGAGCUACCUGCUGUCAUCUU